GUAGGUUGUGUCUGCAGGAACCUGUGACCUAAGGAACCUGGGGCAGCAACGAUAUUAGAAGAAAUCAAUCUAAUACUGAAUAUCAAGAAAGAGAAGAAGGUUGAUGCUGGACAUUACUAUUCUGGAUGGAUGCUCCUCAGAGAAAGCUAACAGUAGUUGGAGAUGACCGCUGUGGAAAGACAUGCCUCCUCUUUGCUCUGCGUCAUGAACCGCUUCCCAAGUCCUACGAGCCAACUCUGUUUGACACUUACACCACUGACACAGAGGUCGAUGGGAAGGAGAUGAAACUAAUUCUCUGCGAUGUGGCAGGGAAGAAUGAAUUCAGUUACCAAAGUCUCCGCUCAGUGUUCUACAAGGAUGCUGACAUUAUUUUAAUGUGCUUUUCCGUGGACAGGCCUGACUCACAGCAAAACAUCCUUGAUUAUUGGGUUCCAGAAAUCAAACUGUUCUGCCCCACGGUACCUAUUAUUCUGAUUGCUACCAAGAUAGAACUAAGGGAUGAUGAAAGUAUUAAGGAGAAACUACCUACUCCCAGCAACGAGCCAUUUAACACUACAGAAGGAAAAGCUUUAGCUGCCGAAAUUGGGGCGUAUGCUUACCUGGAGUGUUCUGCCAAGACAAAAGAAGGUGUUGAUACAGCCCUGAAGAUUAUUAGCCAAUGUGCAUUAAAUCAGAAAAGGAGGAGAAAGAGGCACUACAGGCGCUGCCAAAUUUUGUAAGAGGAGGGUUUUUAUUUUUUUGUUGGAUUUUAUGAUGAGGAAAGGUAAGUAGAUGUCUUUGUUGCUAUUGCGUGGGUGCUAUAAAGCAUGCUUUUAUGUUAUGGAAGGAAAAAAAAAACUGUCUGCAAAGUGUCACACUUGAAAAGUUGGGUUGGUUUCUUUCUCCACUCCCAAAACAUGCUGAAAAGCACAAUUCCAGAUUUGAGUUUAGUACUGAUCUUGAGAAAUGGCAAUGACCAAGCUACAUACAGUUCUCCACAGAGGUCUUUUUUUGGUCAAAGGAAAAACACACGGACUAGGACAGGAACCUAAAACUGAACUUUUGGGACAAGCACAAGAACAUGUUUAGUGAAUCUAAUCCUGGAUUCCUGGUUGCAAGGCUUACGGCAAGCAGCAGUGCUGACAAGGUUUCCUAGUGUGCACUCCCUACCAUACACUUCCUUGAAGGAUGUCCUUAGGGAAGGGAGUCUCCACACAGAUAUCCAAUAGUCUGCUGUGCUAAUUGCAGCGGGUUUCUGACUGGCAGAACGGGUCUGACUUUCUCUAAGAUUCAUUUGUAGAGCUGAUGUGGCCUUGGUUCCAUAAAUGCAUCAGGAAUGCAAUGUAUAGCAUAGGGUACAAUGACAGCAGUGCUAUCUCCACCUCUUCUUCAGGCAUGGGUAAACAAACUGGGGUAAAACAGUCGGGCCCUGGGGUAGGAUAAUCCAGUUCUUGACAGAAUUCCUACUUCAAAAAGAGAAAAGUAAAAAGACCACACUUCAGUUUCUAAACCUCUUUGUCCUUAUGGUCUGAAUGUAUCUUAAAUCCUUCUGUCUUUCCUUAGCAUUUGCAGGCAGAAGACAUGAAGGAAAGGGAAUGCUCUCAGCCUUGCAAGUCACUAACAAUCUGGAAGGAUUGAAAUGUGCUGUCAACCUAAGCAGAACAUCUCAGAGAGGCACAGAGAUGGACCCAAAUGGAAAGACUUUGGAUUCCUUUUCAUACUCCUCCCUUCUAUGAAACAGUGACUGCUGAAAGCCCAAAGGACUGACUUAUGGACUGACGUCAAAGGUGCAAGUCUGGGAGCAGGCAAAUAACAUGGCUGCAGGGUUUGAAGGCAAAUAACACAGUAACUGGAAGGAGAAACGUUUUCGGGUGAACCCUUCUGAUCCUGAACAGGGGUAAGAGAGCAUAACUGUCAGGCACUAGGAGAACGUGGAAAUCUAUCAGUUUCUCUUGCCGGCUUCCUUUCAUCACUCUGGCAGCCUGGUUGCAGUUUCCCAGGGGGAAACAAAACAAGAGUAAUUAUGCCACUUGGAGCUGUACACUUAGCAAACUAGCUUUUCCAGGUGAUAGUUGUUGUAAAAUACACACAAGACUUUUUCUUCCCCAUUCUUCCCACUGGUAUUUGAUGGUACCAUGGGUAGAAAUACUGAGGUUGGCCAAAUAUUUAUUAUUGGAUGGGUUGUUGUUUUCCUUCUACAUCACUUUUUAGCAGCAGUUUUGAAGUUCACCAUCACCUUGCCAUAAUAACAUCCAUCAGGAUGAUGCUUUACAUUUUCAAAAGUAUCUUUCUUCCAAGAAUUUCUGAGCACUUUUCAACAUGGGUUGCCAGCUCACCUCUUGGUGAUACGUAGGUAUUAUUUCCAUUUUCAAAACUGAGAAACUUAAACUGCUGCCCAAUGUAACUACCUGCUUAUUGGGGCUUUCUUUUUCUUGACUUUUUCCUUGUUCUUGCCUUUUCUUUUUUCCCUCCUUGACAAUUCUGAACCUUAAUUUCCUUCCCUCUCUGCCUAUUACAAUCCUUUCUAUGCAACCCAAUAUUACACCGAAAUUUUAAAACUAUUCUCCACACAACUUGGAUGUGAGGGUGUGCUGUGCCUAAGUGCUCCCCCGAUUCAGGUAAUAACAUACAUUAGUGCAUUUCAAAGAGCUGUAUUUAUGUAGAUAGGCUUAAAUUGUUAUUUCCAUUUUAUAUGUGUAUAUGUGGGUGGGGAGGAUUAAACUGCAGAUAAGUUCAAGAACACCGGUGCCUCGGGUUCCUCUGAUGUGGAGUAUGGAAUUGGAAGGAGGCAGUUUUGCAAAGAUGCUGAGCACUCGCUGUUUGCACUGCUUGGAAAGUUCAGACCACUUUGGUGAAUCUGAGAUUACCCUGCUUCUUGCUUAGUAGGACACUGGUCAGCGUUUUACCUAGUAUCUGUUUUCAAUCUAAAGAAACAAGUAUUUUCCUCCAGAAGGUUGCUUUGUUCAAGAUUAGGG